AUGCCUCUAACUCCCAAGGUCUACGGAUCAGUAUCCUCGACAUGCACCCAGCGGGUUCUCAUAGUCCUGGAGGAGUUAGAAAUCGACUAUGAACUCAUCCCAAUCAACAUGCGUGCCGGUGAGCACAAGGGUCCCUCGUAUCUAUCUGAGCACAACCCGUUCGGAUACAUCCCAGCAUACCAAGACAAAGACGUUAAGAUUUUCGAAUCACGCGCUAUCUGUCACUAUCUCGCGGCCAAAAGCGGCGGACAUCUGGUACCGCCGUCUAACCCUCUAAAGGUCGCCGAGUUCCAACAGGCAGCAAGUGUCGAGUACUCGUACUUUGAUCCACCGAUGAAGCAGUUGGCCUAUGAGAGUCUGUUCAAAAGCAUGAUGGGCCACGGCGAGCCCGACACUAGUUUAGUGUCUCUUUACAAGGAUCAGAUACGGAAGUGUCUCGAUUACUACGAAGGUAUCUUGGAAAAACAGGAUUACCUAGGAGGAACGACAUUCUCCCUGGUGGAUGUCUAUCAUAUGCCGUGGACUGCUUUCAUGGAAGGACUUGGAUUGUGGGCUGAGCUAGAGUCAAGAAAGUACUUGCGGGCUUGGUGGGAGAGAGUGGAGUCGCGUCCUUCGUGGAAAAGUAUUUCAGGUAGAUCAUAA